CUAGCUAUAUCGAAUACAGGAUGUUAAACUCAUUUCAUGACGGGAGGCGAGUGCAGUAUGGAACUUCUCUAAGAACGAUAACCGAACGCAGCCCGAAGUCAUCCACAUUACAGUAAACAGAUAAUAAAUAAUAUAAUAUGGCCAAGGGACUCUUGUCAUCACGGUGUUUACCGUAUCGUAUUCUUGAAUUAACUCUAAUUUUGUGUAUGUGUUGGGUAUUAUUUACUACCGUCUGUUGGACGUGGUUUUUAUGGUCAAAUUUUAAAGUUCCUUCACCAGCACAUAAUAUUGUGACAGAGAAUCCUAAAAGUAUUUUAGAAAUUCAACAUGUCCCUAGUAAAGUGAAUAGAAGUAACAGUCAAAUUCCUGUAUAUAUAGUAGAGGAGCACCAUGAAGUUCUGCCAUAUUGGUUUGGAGCUGCUAAACGCGGACUUAUUUCUAAACGCGGCAACACACUGGUUCAUAUUGAUGCACAUCCAGAUUCAGCUCUGUCAGAACAUCAGGACUGGAUACCACCUUUUCGGUUUCCCGAGUCUGAAAUGGAGAUUUUUAAAAUGAUGCAGGAGAAUGAUGGCUUUAUAAUGAGUUCCGUGAUUUCAGGUUUAUUCAAACGUUGGAUCUUCAUUUGGUCGUCCUGGGAUACGGAUAUGUUUCAAGAAAUAGGGCAUUACCUUAAAGUCGUUGUAGAACUAGGACGUUUUACAGAUGCGCCACCCAACAGUUCCUUCCCGUUUUGUAGAUGCAUCAAGACUGGAAUGUUCAAGCGGAACAAAGAGUGUGUACAUGUUUCUGGGUAUCGUGGUAUGAAUGAAACGGCUAUAGAACCUUCUCAGUGUGAUAUAAAGUUUACUUACACAAUGGAAGAAUUAACAGAAAAAGAGGCAUUAGAGCGCAUUGAAAAGGGCGGCUGGCUUUCAAAGGACGAAAAUAUUGUUCUGGACAUUGAUGAGGAUUUCUAUGGUUGCGAAGCAGCUGUUCAACCCCUUUAUGAUGUGGAAAUUUUUGAAGAAGAGCUGAACAAGAUUAAAGAGCCUCUACAUUAUUUAUUCUGUCCCCGAAAUGCCAUCGAUGAACGAAGCUUUGAUAAAAUCUUCCAUUUUAUAACCUCACUGGUUGCAAAAUUUACUCCAUCAACUAAAAACGAAAAGCAGUUGAGGGCAGAGAGACUGCAAUUUAUUGACAAAGUCAGUGAAGAAUUUUUACAAAAUGUCAAAACCAUGGGUGUGGAAGGUGGAAUGUGCAGUAAAAUAGAUAUUACGCGAACGGGCUAUUUGCGACUUCUGCUGUUAAAAUUGCUAAAGUUAUCUGAAAAACAGAUAAAGGCUUUGAGUGAGAUCGGUCUGUGCUUAGUGAUGACUCCUAACUCUGUUUUAUACAAUCCAUUAUAUGGCAUGAGAACAUGUGAUGGAUAUAAUCGACCCGGCGAGUCAAUGGUAUUCUUCCACACACCCACAAUAGAAGAAAUAAACCAAAGAACUAAAGAUCUUAAGCAGAUAUUCAGCGGAAUCCCCGAUCCAAAGAUUGUUACUAUAUGUAGAUCCAUGCGUGACGGAUAUACUCCGAGAAAAUUCUUCCACAAGAUUGAAUCUGAUGUUCUCGAGUCGCUUGAACAAGGGUAUUCGAGAAUACAUAGGGACGGAAUUCAUUACGAUUCACAGUUAUUAGGUGGUAGAAAUGGUUGGCCGGAUAGACACAAACCUUUAUAGACAUUUAAUUCAUUACAUGUGCUUUUUAUGUGUAAAUCAUUAUAGCUUUUGGAGACCAUCACCAAUGCAUCCCUGAAUUACACAACUUUCAGUGAGUUUCAGCGGACGAUCAAAAAAUAUGUUUUAACAAAAUGAGACCUGGGCUUUGAAUUUAUUACAUUUAUUGUCUAGUUGAUAGGAAUAAUGCUUCUUACACGAAUAGAUUUCAUUGGGUGUGCGUGACUUACUUCGAUUAACACCUUGCAUUUCGAUUUGAUCCCGACUCUGCCAGAGAUGGGAGCCAUGACCCAAGACAAGUAAUUGUGGUGGCAUUAGGGUCAUAACGUGACAGGAAUAUAUACAGAUGUUAAUAGAUAGUAGGUUGGUUUAUGAGAUGUAAAUCAGAAAAUAAUAAAUUAAAUUUCAAGUUCAA